AUGGUGUUACCAUCGCUACAAUACAAUGCCUAUGAAAAUACAAGAGACCCGUGCCACUACCAAACCCUUACCCCAAGAUCCAAACAUCCAGCAGCAAGUCACUUUUCACCAGCAGCAAAAUUAAACCUAGUAUGGCCUUCGAAUAUGUACAAUAAGAUCCUCAUGUUCAUACAAGGUACACCAUAUACUACAGGAACCUUAAAUAAUUCUAUCACCCGCACGUACACAAAUUCGAUUCCAUGGACCAAUCAAAGUCUAACUAAAACCAACAAUCCACGAAUCACCACCUACACUUACUAG